GAAUAGUUAGGCGUCAUCUUCACUCAAUAAUGGGGAAUGAAUACACGAAUAAUUACAUCUGUUAGAGAUGCACACUUUUUUCUUAUCAUUUUCUGCUUUAAAGCCCACGUCUGUUUUUCUCAGUGGUGGAAAGAAAUCAAUUGUGAGUGCAGAUGAUCCAGGGGACUAAAACUUGAUGAGCACUGUGUGCAGCGUAAUUUCAUUGUCCAAAGUCCAGCUGUUGCAACAAUAUACACGAACUUCAGCUACGGAAAAGACUGGAAAGGAGUGAAAUUGUGUAAGUAACUUAGUUAUAGUUAGUCAUUUAGGUCUUAAAUGUAUUUAAAAUGUAAAUCAGUUGAACUGUCAGUUUUACACAGCCUUUGGAUUAGCUGUGGAUUCUCGUAAAGCGAAAGGUAUUCAUCAGGGAUGACUAAUAUUCGCGUGUACAAGGACUGACCCACUGAGUAAAAAGGAUGGUAAAAAGUGUAAUGGUAGCCUAUGCCUUGUGGGCAGUAGGUGGACCUUUGGGCCUUCAUCAUUUAUAUUUAGGAAGAGACAGCCAUGCUUUGUUGUGGAUGCUAACCUUGGGAGGAUUUGGGUUUGGCUGGGUCAGAGAGGUCAUACGUAUUCCUGCAUAUGUGAGUGAGGCCAAUCAAGAUGGAGAGAGAGAGAGAAAAAGACCCCCCACCGUGGUCCAGCCACCUGUAGGCCCUGUCAGAUUUGCUGGACAGGUGUGUGUGGGAAUCUACUUUGGCACCGUGGCUCUGGUUGGACUGAACUCCCUAAGUUUCUUCUACUUGAUUGUUCUGCCUUUAUGUGUGGGUGCAGGGGUACAUUUAGUGUCCAGUGUGGGCCAGCAGACCUCAGAUCUCCAAAAAACUUUGACUACUUGUCUUAUAACUUCCCCAUUAUUCUAUGGCAGCACCUUAUCACCUCUCCCUUUAAGCUUGGCCGCCAGUGUCACUGCAGCACAGCACCGCAAGUUCAAACCUCCACGGACACCUGAAAGCAAACAGGAACUAGGUCCACGGCUUUAUAAGCUUGGUCUGGCCUGGCUGGCCUUCUCUGCACCUCUGGGUUACUGUAUUUUCCAUAACACCACAGCCACAUUGUACUACAUGUCUGACUGUAUAGCAGCGCUUCUGGAUGUUUUCUGGUUUCUGCCUUGGCUCAGAAGUGUGUUGGAGUACAUUCUUUUAAUGCCAUAUCGGAUAUUUUGCUUUUUUACUGGAGGGGGGUACUAUGAAGAGGCUUGGAGGAAGGUUCUGGAAAUACUGCUCAAAGAGUACACUGAGAGAGAAAAAGAAGCAUUGCAGGUAUUGUCGCUGGAUCUAGAGGCCUCUCUUGAAGAGAUAACUCGCAGCUACAGAGACCUGGCUAAGACAUGGCAUCCAGACCACAACCCCAGCAAGGAUGCUGAAGCAAUGUUCGUGAAGAUCCAUGAGGCUUAUCAAAUCCUUCUACAACGGCACAGACCUCACCGAUUCAAAUAGCUGCCCUUCGAUCCUUACUGACUGGCCUGAACAAUUGCAAGGCCACAAUGAGACUCUCGGUUAUAUUUUACAGUCAUUGUUUUUUGUUGUUCAUGGUACAUAAAUCCAAAGCAUGCACAAAGA